AUUCAGAUGUUUCGAAAAUUUCUGUACGGACAAAGAUGGAAAUUAUUGACUACUUUCGCGGGAACAAGAUGCAGAAUUUUUCAUUCAGAAAUUUCACUGCAAAGGCACAUUAACAGACACAAACAAUGUUCUACGAUUUACGCGCUUUCUUCCGGAUAUGGUAAAUGCGGAGUGGCAGUAAUUCGGAUAUCCGGUCCAGAGGCAUCGAUAGCUUUAAAAAAAAUGACGAAAACAUCGAAUUUAAAACCUAAAAUAGCUGUUUUAAGGAACAUUUGUGAUCCAGAAACAACAGAAGUUCUAGACAAAGGUCUUUGCCUUUGGUUUCCAGAACCUAAUUCAUUCACCGGAGAGGACACUGUAGAAUUUCAAGUUCAUGGAGGUCCUGCAGUAGUGGCAUCAAUUCUUAAUGCGCUUUCAAAGUUACACUUUCAACACGCACCUGCUGGAGAAUUCACCAAAAGAGCUUUCUUAAACGGGAAAUUGGAUUUGACAGAAGCAGAAGGUAUAGGAGAUUUAAUAGAAGCAGAAACUGAAAAGCAACGUAAACAGGCCUAUAAUCAAGCUAACGGUUCGCUUCGACAACUCUACGACACUUGGAGAAUUACCCUUUUACAUUGUCUGGCAAACUUAGAAGCUUACAUUGACUUCUCUGAAGAACACAGUUUAGAAUCUAAUAUUUUAAAAGAUUCCAAAACCAUGUUGGAAAAAUUGACUAUAGAAAUGCAGCAACAUCUAUCCGAUGGAAGGAAAGGAGAAAUUUUGCGUACAGGAGUGCGUGUAGUAAUCCUUGGAGAACCCAAUGUGGGCAAAAGUAGUCUUUUGAACUUGCUUUCCAAGAAAGAUGCUGCUAUUGUCACGUCCACUCCAGGUACCACAAGGGAUGUUAUAGAACUGACCACAAAUAUUUGUGGAUAUCCAAUGAUCCUUGCAGACACAGCAGGAAUCAGGAAUAAUCCAGAAAAUGAAAUAGAAAUGGAAGGUAUCAGGAGAGCGAAAGAAUGUACGAAAAGGGCGGAUCUCGUAAUAUGUAUGAUAAGCGCAAAAAAGAGUUUCAAAAGUUCUUUUGAGGAAUUCUUGGAACAUUAUAAGAACCUUUUGGAAAUAAAAACGGAGAAAACUCUUGUCAUAGUGAAUAAAGCGGAUUUGAUCGAAGAAGAAGAGAGAAAGAUAUGGGAAAUGCAAAAUGUUGUUGUUAUCUCCUGUAAAACACAAGAUGGUUUAAAGCAACUUAUAUUUAGAUUGACACAGUGUUUGAAGGAAAUUUGUGGUGAUCCAUCUGAGGAAAAUCCUGUGAUAAGUCAUGCAAGAUACAGAAGUCAUGUAUUACUUGUUGUAGAAUAUCUUCAAACAUAUUUAAAAAGGACUGAAAUUGAAAAUUAUGACAUGGCCAUAUCCUUACAAGAUAUUAGAGGUGCAGCGAGGGAACUUGGAAAAAUAACAGGUUCUAUCAACAAUGAGGAAGUUUUGGACGUUAUAUUUAAAAAUUUCUGCAUUGGAAAAUAGAAAUUAUUUAAAAGGAGAUGUAACGAAGUAUAAUACUAAGAAGUUUCGUCUGUCUAUUCAAAAAAAUUGUUAUUAGAAAGAUUCAAGGAAAGAGUGUUUAAAGGUUAUGUUGCGAUGUAUUGACCGCUAAAAUAUUGGGAUAGUGUACAUGAAAUGCGAUUGGCCAAGGAGAGAAGCCACAACAAAUUUAAGAUGUCUACUUACGU